AUGCCUAGCCAACCGCCCCUCCCACCCCUCCUCACUCCCUACGUAUCGUCUCUGCCGCCAUCCUCCCUCACAGUCCUAUCUUCAGUACUUGGCGCAACAGGGAAUUGGCUAGUCCUACGAUUCCUGUAUGCUGCCUUGAAUUCGUCUUCGACGUCAGACGCUGUUGCGGGCCUCAGCGACACCAACAAUGGGAGAAAGAGGAAGGUCGUGCUCGGCCUCGAUCUUGCCCGCCUCACAGACAAACGCCAAUUCGCGUUUGUUGACGGACUCUCCGAACUUUUCGCCGCCCCCUCCACUACCUCGACUCAGACACCAACGAUCCAACCCUCACCGCGAGGAACAGUGCCUUCCCGGACAGUUCUGCCCGUCAGGUCGCAACCCGGACCUGUUCCCGCGCGAGGACCGCAACCCGCUGCUCGGCCAGUCGCUGCCCCUCCGAACCCGCCAACAUCGAGAGAAGUCGGGCCAGUCAAGCGGCUUCACCUAUCAGGAAAUGGAAAUGCGGCUUUGGAUGUGCUCGAGAAAGACAUUGCAGCGGUGAUCAAUGACCUGAAAAUAUCACCAUCUGGAGAUGAACAGGAAGAGCCCGAGGUCUUAUUAGUUAUCGAUCAGCCAGAUCUGCUGCUAGCCGCUACGGGCCCGAGCAGGGGCAUAGGCGCUACAGAGAUGGGAGAUUGGGUGAUGGGUCUACAACAGUACGCUCACGCAACGAUUAUGACGGUGUCCUCUGACUCUCCGUUGAUCCACAAUGCUUCCGCAUCUGCGCACCAUGGAGCAACUCCGCUGGAGACUGAGCAUGCCGCUUUUGCUAUUGGAUCGGCUCAUCGGGCGCACAUGGUUAUGCAGCUCCGAAACCUCGAAACGGGUGCCGCAAGGGAUGUCAGCGGUGUGCUCAGGAUCAGCAAAGGUGGUGCAUGGGGGCAAAAUGACAGCACCGAGGCUAAUAGUCAUUGGGAAGAGAAGGAAGUCCUAUAUUUCGUUCAAAGGGACGGUGGUGUUAGCGUCUUUGGGCGAGGAGAAUAG